AUGUUCGUCUUACGAAAGAGCAAACUCCUACCCCUUGCUGGGCUCAUCUCCGCUCUCCCCCUCGUAGAAUGCUACUCCCUCGCCGACGGCGGCGAGAUCAUCGCCGGCAACGUAGCAGCCAGCGACGGCCCCUAUGACAUCCCCCGUGACACCUUCCGGGAUCUCACCUCUCGUCCCAACGCCACGAGCUCUAUCGACUUCUCCAUGGGCCUGACCGGCCCGAACUCGACCACGUCCAGAUGGACGCUCGACAUCGGCGUGACGGCCGACAUGCCCGUCGACGAGAAGGUCAGCCAGGUGACAAUCCUGUCCCUCACGGGCCCGGAAGGAUCUGUAAAUGCAUUAAACGACACAUGGAGUCUCUGCGCGGCUGUCUUUGGGGGCGUCUCCGCCAACGCAACGGCUGCUGCCCAGAACGCGGAUCUGAACGGCGACUGCCGGCCGACCCUCUCAGACAACUGUCGUAACGAGCUGACGAGCGCCAUGCUCGAUGAGUACGCCUUAUCAGGAGACUGCGGGAUUCCCACUCUGCCGAGCACGUGCAAGGCGUAUUUCCCUGAAAGCUUCCGUGCGAUGGGGUUUGGUGUGUUCCCUCGAACUCUUCCCAGCAAGAUACAGCUGCUCACAGACAUUACCUAG